GUGGCUACUGGAGCAUGUCCAUCUGGUUGUGCUGCUGGUUCCUAUGGAGACGGGUGUCACAGCUGUGAGUUUUAUGUAAACAUUGUUAUGUUAGUCUUUCUCUCUUUAUCUCUGUGACGUUUACAAUAAAAUUAAUUUCAAUUGGUAUUUAAACAUUAUUUGCAUAUUUUAGUUGAAUGCAGUAUAGUUUUAAGGGGUUUAAUUGAUAAAAUGUAAAAGAAAUUACAUUUAAAAAAUGUAUACAUUUUUUGUAGAAAUUAAUUGGAACAAAAAAUAGAAUAGUUACAAUUCGUAUUAAUACCCCGAUGAUAAGUAAACGUGGCAUUAAUGGUUGUUUGUAAACAUGAACAUUUCCCGUUAGCGGUACAAGAUUUUUCGAACAAUGAAUGUUUUUGGAUAUUACAGAAAUUAUAAAAUAGUUUGGUCAAUAUCAGUAUACAUUACCAACAAUUUUUGUUAUAAAACGCUGUGCCCUUGACUGUAUCUGUAAAUGUACUGCCUCUGUGUUUUAUCUUGCGUGUUGGAUUUCUUGCUGGUUGUAAAACAUUAUGACUGAAUCCCUCAAAAACCCCAUAUUAUUUUACUAGCCUAUCGGGGCAAAAUCGCAGAAUAUGAUUGAGAGGAAGAUCUAUCUAACUUGAUACACCCUCGCUACUUAAUUUUCUAAUUCACAAAUUAUUUCCUCGUAGAUUGUGAUAGACGUCCUCUCUUAGUCUUUUUGUUAAACGUAUUUCAUUAAAGUUCAACUCGAUUCUCGUUGGGUAUUUAAUAAUAUCACAUAAAAAAAAAACGUCUUUCUUCAGCAUGCCCGGCGCAAAGUUGGGGACCUGAUUGUCUCAGCCUGUGCAGUGUGUUCUGUGUCAAUCAAAGUUGUCUUCCAGAGAACGGUGCAUGUGUCUAUGGGUGUGUACCUGGAUAUAAAGGCACAUAUUGUGUUGAUGGUAAAUCAAUAUUUUAACUAUUGUAUUUUUUUAUUAUUACUAUUAUUUUCAAAUAAAUGUGACGGCAUUUGUUAUGGUGAGUAUCAAGGUUGAGCUCUUAUUUAUAAUAUAUGUAGAAAUAAUUACCUUUCUUAUUUUAAAAAAAAAGUGCAACCACAAUUAAAUUGUUUCUCGAAAUUUUUAGUGGAUUUAAACGAUUUAUAUAAAUAAACUUUCUCACAUCUAUAAUUUGAAACUCAUGACUAAAUAAACUUUGUUGGUUCAGGAAAUUUAAUAUACAAUAUAAAAUUUUAGCAUCAUUACGAAAGCGGUAACAUACAACAAACAGACAAACUCAAUACCAGAACUAACUAACUAGCUCACAUAUUCUGGCGCUGGCUUGAGCUUAACUGAAGUGUUAUGAGUAACCAUUGUCUUUAACGAACUUAACAGAUAAUUAAUUAGCAAUGGUUUAAUUUUUAUUUAAAGAAGUAAUCAUCAAAGUUUUGAUUUAAAGUAAAUGUAACUUUUUCAAUAUGUCUCACAUGUUCAUUUGGAAUGCACUUCAGACACGUGUGGAGCGGGAUUUUUUGAGAAACUGUGUAGCUUAAAUUGUAGGUUGAGAACCUGUGAUGAUACGAAUGGCAAAUGUGAUGUUGGCUGUUAAACUGGAUAUCCUGGGGAUGAAUGCCUAGACGGUGAGCGUUUAUAUUAGUAUAUGACAGAACGGGAAGGGACAGGAGAUUCACAACUUUUUGGCAAUAAAUCACACCUGAAAACCAGUCCAAAGUCAUUAAAUAAGAUUUUUAUAUUUUUGAACAGCUUGUCCAUUACGGAGAUGGGGUCAAGACUGCAAGGAAUAUUGUAGUGACCAAUGUCUGGACCAAACUUGUAACAGGUUCAAUGGUGUAUGCAAUAACAGCAGUGAUGAUCGAUUUACUUAUGUCAAUGGCACACAAGGUAGAUUUAAAUAUAAAAUAUGGAGAUAGCAAAUUUUAUUUAUAUGUAUAUUUUCUAUGUCUUACCUGUUACCAGUAUUAUAAAGAAACUCUUCCCAUUCCCCCAUAUACAGCGACACGGCCAUGACAGGCAAUUCCGGCUCAUACCAGCAAGAAGCCAGUGUAGGAACUGCUCAUUCCUGCCAAAGACAAUCAGGCACUGGAACAAGAUUUCAAAAGAAACAGUUGAAGCGACAACACUAGACACAUUUGCGUCUAUUUCCUCAAACCUUCCAACCCCAAGUGCAUGAUUCCUUCACAUAGUAGCACUUGUACUCAUUGAAAUAUCCUCAUCAGCACCAGGCACAGGAACAUUGCAAAUCCCCUCUACAUGCAUAGGAGCCAAAAAUGAUCAAUAAAUUGAUCGUGGGCCCUUAAGAUAUAGAAGACGAAGAAGUGUGUCUUGUUCUCCUGUCGCAUAAGCACUCCAAUUGUGAUUAGAUCAACUGACCAGCACUGUGUUUCCACGUAGAGUUAUCGUUUAAUUGCAUUCUCCCACAUUUCAAGAGAUUUUUUUUUCAACUUUUAUGUUGAAUUUUUUCCUAUGUCCUCCUUAUUUGUAGAUAGCUUUAGAUUCGAGCGUGCUAUAUUCUCUCUACCACUACGCAUUACGCUAAGCAACUUAAAAGACACAUUUAUUUGUGUGCCUAUUUUAAUAGUGUUGGUUAAAAAGAAGGCAUGGAGAUGCAAAUCCCAUCUACAUGCAUAGGAGCCAAAAUGAUCAAUAAAUUGAUCGUGGGCCCUUAAGAUAUAGAAGAAGAAGAAGAUGGAGGAAAAAAAGUAAAUGAGAGAUAUAUAUAUUAUAAAGAGACACAGAGAAAGAAAAUAAGAACUAGACAGAGAAAUAGAGUAUUCUAUAAAGUAAGGAGAGCGUAAUUAUAGACUUUUUGUAAGAUAGAAAAUAAGAGAAAAAAAACCAGGAAGAGACAUUGAGGGGAAGAGAACGUAACAUGAAGAGAGAUAGAGAGAAUGGGCUAAUGUUUUUUUUUCUCGUAUUUUCUCUGUAGAUAAACAAAUUGACCUUUUCAUUAAAUCAAAUCUGAAUGCAUCCCACAUAUAACAGUUCAAGAGGGAUUUAACAACGUUGUUUUUAAAAAAAAAAAUUCUCAAUGCCUAUGCGAUCAUAUAUUUCCUAAUCCUAGGGUGUUCGUGUGAUGACAGAUUUGGCAUGGGCUUUGGCAUAGGAAUAGCGGUCAGCUGCGUUGUAGGUCUAGUCAUCGCAGGCAUCAUUUCCUGUAUAUUUAAGAGAAGACAUCAGAACGCUAAACAAGAUGUACCUGAUGGGAACCGUGACAGUGCAAACAAUGGUCCUCAGAGAUUACCCAUGCAUAAUUAUGACACGCUAAAUGCGUAUGGUAAGUGGAUUUAAUGAGACACAAACAUGUUUGCAAUUUCUAUAGUUCAAUAAAACUUCAAUUUAGAAACAUAAUACGCAUAACGACUAAAGCAAUUAGUACGGAAAAUUAUGAAUAACUAACUCAAUGAGAACAAAUGAACUUCCAUUUAUUAUUAAAUCCUUCACAUUAAAUAAUUUUCUGUGUUAUGGGGGCAAAAUGCUUGAACGGCUAAUUGAUACACUUCCCGUCUAUGUAUCGAGGUCAAACUUUGCCCAUAAACUUGUUUCUGAUGGAAACACAUUCGGUCAAAUUUUCAAUUCCACCUACUAACCCCAAAAAUCAUUUUUUUAGAACGGCUAAUUGAUACACUUCCCGUCUAUGUAUCGAGGUCAAACUUUGCCCAUAAACUUGUUUCUGAUGGAAACACAUUCGGUCAAAUUUUCAAUUCCACCUACUAACCCCAAAAAUCAUUUUUUUUCCGGUUUUUCAAGGGGAAGAUGAAGGAGAUAUGUAAAACACCGAUUUCAUGAAAUAAAAACACGAUAACUCUGCUAAAUGAGAUUUUGUAUUGGAAAAUGUAUAGAAAGUACGUGAGAUGCGUUAUGUCUUAUUUUUGUUGAUCUAAAUAGCGGUUGGAUCAUUAUAAUAUUGAUAUAAAAUAAUUUUUUCUUUUCAAAUGCAUAUAAUUGAUUUACAUGAAAAAAAAAAUGGUUUUUAAGGGUUGUUUGAUUAAAUCCUUUCAAUUAACUUCACCUUCAUUCGCGUGCGUUUAUGGUUAAGAUAAAAAUUUUCGGACGGCUUAUUGACACUCCCCUAGGACCCACCCCACCCCCAUCAGAAACCUUCACGCGUAACUAAAAAAACCCACAGUUUUUCAAGCGGACGUGAAUGAAAUAUGAUUUGUUCAAUGGUAGCACGUUUCUCGUGUGGACGUUUAUUGAAUUGUUAUUGCUAUCUGCUUUGUAGUUGUGACAUCCUUGGGUAUUCUGUAAAAAAUUAAAAAGUAUUUUUAAAGGAAAAGUGAUAAAACGUGUUUUCGCCAGUAGUUUACCCACCUACAUAACUGCUUCUUAAUAAAUAAUCAAUCCAUCAAAUGCAAAUAAAUAAAUGCAGAGAAACAUUUAUAAAAAUAAUUCAUAACACAGUUAUUUUUGGUCUUUGUAAAUUACUUAAAUAUUGCCGUUCCUCAAAAUGCAUAAUCACUUUUGCGUCCAUUUAUAAUAAAUCAAUCGUAAGUUUAUAUAUUUGUAAAAUAUGUAUUUUUUUAAAAAUGACUCACAAUUCAAAAACUCAUUAUGGGCAUUUAUGGACCUUCAUUUCAUUGAAAUUUAUUUCUUUUAUUAAGGAUUUAAAAUAUAUUCUUAUACACGAAAGCAGAUUGAUCUUAACAAAAAACCUAAACAUAGUGGAUGACGAUAUUUAAAUUUAAUCACUAAUUUAUAUAUAUAUUUAUAUAUAUAUAUAUAUUUAUAUAUAUAUAAAUUACAUAUAUAUGAUUAUAUAAAAAAUAUACUUUUCGAAUAUUACUUUGGUGCAUACAUUGCUAUAUAUUUACUUCCAGACUCUAAAGGUUAUGACAAAGCUACAGAAUUAAAUGUGACUAAAAAAACUAGCUCAACAGAUGUAUCAGAAGCUGAGCCAAGCCACUAUUAUGAAAUACCGGACAUUGAAUGUGUUCGCUCUGAGACAUAAAGGAAUUAUGGGGAAUUAUAUCAACUCUAUUAAAUAAUUCAAAUGUGUAAUUAUGAAUUAUAGUUGUGUUUAAAUACUUUACAACUCUUUAAUAAAAAUGUAUUUAUUUACAAACUCUAAAAAACAUUUUGUUUUAUAUAAGUCCUUUUAAAACUAAUCUGAAUGCAAAGUUAAGCAAAGUUUUUUUACCGUAGAGAGUAAUCGGAGGCUCAUUUUUUUAAAGACCAAAAUAAUGAACAUAGCCCACCCCGUCGUGGAAGAUAUCCAGAUUUCAGAGCAGGUUGGGCUUGCCCUCAUCAAAAAGAUUAACCCCUACCUCAGUUACUUGUAUAUUCUAUACUAGUAACACUACAGAUAGAAUCUAUAUGGAGAAUAAAUUAAUAACAAGAUUUGGUACGUUGUCUCCAUAUGCAAUAAAACAAAUCUACAAUCUUACCUAGCAGCAAGUGUCUUUUUCCUGUUUGGUUUUUAGAAUUAUGUUCAGAACAUUUCCUUUCAACUCCUCUUUUACAUUUUUUUUGUUUGGUUUUAGCCCC